GGGUGAUGGAGGCCUCCCACUGUCCUUUCCUAUAUUGAAGGCAGUCAAGAGGCAGAAACAGAGGCCUUUACAGCCGGCCUCACCAAAAAGAAAUAACACCAUGGUUGAUUACUACCAAGCACUCAACGUCCCACAAACUGCCUCCUCAAAUGAUAUUAAAAAAGCGUACAGAAAGAAUGCACUGAAAUGGCACCCAGAUAAAAACCCAGGGAACAAGGAAUAUGCUGAAAGAAAAUUCAAGGAGAUAGCGGAAGCAUACGAAGUGCUGUCAGAUGAUUAUAAACGUGACCUUUAUGAUCUCUAUGGAGUGGAGGGUCUUCUAAAUCUAAGUACAGGAACGGGAGCAUGCCCAAGCUCAACAGGGACCUCUGAUCUCCUGUUCACGUUUCGAGAUGCUGAUGAGGUCUUCAGAGAAUUUUUUGAAGGACAAGAUCCCUUCACUGAAAUCCUUGAAGACUUUUCAUCCUAUACUGAUGCACCUGGAGGAAUAUCUACCUGGACCAUGCCAGGAAGUGCUACUUUCUCUUAUUGCUCCUAUAAUGCUCCAGGUCAGACAGCAAUAAAUGUUGAUUCUCCUCCACCACCUCCUCCUCCUCCUCCUUCUCCUCUUCCUCCCUUUUCAGAUUUCUACACAACUUUUGGGCCUGGUGCUGAAUUGGGAAUAGGAUUUCGCUCCAUUUCCACUUCUACAAAAUAUGUCAAUGGCAAACGGAUAACCACCAGGAGGAUUCUUGAGCAUGGACAGGAGAAAGUAGAAAUUAAUGAGGAUGGCUUGCUCAAAGUGGAAGAAGUACAAGAUCCCAGCAGCAACUUGACAACCCCGAUAGAGCCUAUCCAGCAGGAGCAACCUGAGAUCUUGAGCUCUGCAGCAGACAUCUGGGCUCUACCACGAUCGCAGAGUGCUGACUUCUCUUAUGCCUACCCUACCAAUGAAGACAAACAAUUGCAUCGGGCAAUGGCCUAUAGUCUAUCUGAAAUGGAGAAUGUGGGGCAGUACUUAGCACUUGCCCAGGGCUCCAAGAAGAGACGGGGUACCACUCGACGAACACACACAAGAACUUUGGGACCUAAUGAGGAAGUGGCUUCUGCUCCAUUGGCCAUCAGAGCCAAGAGUCCAGGUGCAGGAGACAACAUUGGGAAAGAGAGGAAACACAAGCCACCUGAACUGCCCAAAGUAGAAAUCAUUGUCGAGGUACCAAAGAGCCCAUCAGUGAAAGACCACACUGCCCUUAAUGAUGUGCAGUAUGUCUUUCCUGAAAUUGUUCCUUCCCGCAGAGAGAGAGAAUCUAUCAUGUGCAUCAUUCUCUGAAUUCAAGAAUGCAGGAGGGGAACAACCUGUGUCCAUUAAAGGUAACAAUCUGGC